GGUGCACCGCCCGCGGGAGACAAAGAAUGGGUCUGGCUGGCUGGGAGGCUGCUCUGGUUCCUUGAGGACGCCAAGGUGUCCCGCCGUACCUGUGGAUUCGGCUGCGCUAGCCUUGAGCGUUUCAAUGAACUCAGGGAGGGAAGGUAGUUGGUACCCGGACUCCCGGCUGUUGUCGCCGCUGAAGAUGCCUGCUUUGUGCAUCCACCGUGGUUACAUAGGAUUAACUGGGGUUCCAGCUUUAACUCUGAAGGAAGAGCUUCCUAGGAAAUUGGGCCCUUGAAGGUGGCGGGCUCCAGGGCCCGCCUUUGCCAAAGUCGGCGUGCUUCGCGUGGUUUGAUGUUAAGGUGUGCGCUCUUGUGGCCUUUGGUUUAAGAAGCAACGCUGUUGUAAACUCAGGCAAGACAGAGUGCAUACCCACAUCUACCCAGUGUUGGGGUGAGGCAGAGGCUGAAACCCAGGGACUUGCAAAAAGAGACGUUGGACAGUAUUUUAAUGGCAUAGCAUCCCACCAUGCGACAGGUGCCACGUGGGCCGCACAUCUGCCUUGCUCUCCCUGAGAAUUUCGGUGUAAAGAUAUUUUAGAUUACAAUGGGAAAGGUCAGGUUAGACUUUUUCGUUUAUGCACAUUCCUGACUGUGUGUUUGUGUGCACGUGUGCGUGUGCAUGUGUGGCGGAUGAGCCCUGUUUCAAACGAACUUACUCAAACCCUUCCUGCCGGACUGCUUCAGAAGAUUCUGGGACUCUCUGGCACCUUGGAUUCUCCUUCCGUGCGGUUUUAAAGUGGGCUUUCCCAUGAACAUUUAAAGAAGGACCUCUGGAUCUUCAGCUGUUUCCACGGAUUGCCUGUGGAUGUUGCCUGGAGGGCUAUAUGGGUCACCCUCUGUUCUUUACAAGCACUCCUCCAGGGAAAGCGUUUAAUUUAACUUGGAUAUCAACUGAUUUCAAGACAAUCUUGGAGUGGCAACCGAAACCCACCAACUAUACCUACACUGUUCAGAUAAGCGAUAGAUCUAGAAACUGGAAAUACAAAUGCACUGGAACCACAGACACUGAGUGUGACCUCACCGACGAGAUUGUGAAGGAUGUGAACUGGACCUAUGAAGCAAGGGUCCUAUCUGUCCCAUGGAGGAACUCAACUCAUGGAAAGGAAACACUCUUUGGAACUCAUGGGGAGGAACCGCCAUUUACAAAUGCCCGGAAGUUUUUACCUUACCGAGACACAAAAAUUGGACAGCCAGUAAUUCAGAAGUAUGAACAAGACGGUACGAAACUGAAGGUGACUGUAAAAGACUCAUUUACAUUAGUCAGAAAGAAUGGUACAUUCCUCACUCUGCGGCAAGUUUUUGGCAAUGACUUGGGUUAUAUUCUUACGUAUCGGAAAGACUCAAGCACAGGAAGGAAAACAAACACUACACAUACCAAUGAAUUCUUGAUUGAUGUGGAAAAGGGGGUAAGCUACUGCUUCUUCGUACAAGCCGUGAUUUUCUCCAGGAAAACUAACCACAAGAGCCCAGAAAGCAUCACCAAGUGCACUGAGCAAUGGAAGAGUGUCCUGGGAGGUGAGUGGCCAUGGCCGUCAGUGCACUGGGAGGCUCGGCUGCCCCCACAUCGGAGCCAACAUGUACCUCUUUGGUUCAAACAUUCAGAAAUGAGCUUAGGGUGUCUUAGGGUUUCUUUUGGGGGUUCUGCGUUCUCUUCGGGGGACAUUUAGGAAUGAUUCCACAUGGUUCCCUUGGUCAGCAAGCACUUCCCUGGGCACUCGCUAUGGGCCAGAGUUUAUGGGGUACUGGGCUUGCAGAUUGCACUAGGACUUGAGUACCUAAGGAUCAAGUCACAGCCUUCUCUGCCCGUUUUUCCUACUGGCAUUCUGAUCUGAGGGGUGCAGGUUGCAGGGGAAUAGUUGUUUUUGGACCACCUCAUUUCUGGACAUGAUAGAUAUUUAAGUGCACCUACUAUGGACUGUGGCUACAGGGGCUAUGUGUGUACACAUGAACGCACUCUCUGGGUAUUCAGCGUUGUGACUAAAAGCCUGUAAAGAUCCCUCCGGUCCCCACAGAGAGGGGCUCUAAGUGCUGUCAGAGGAGACGAGUCAGAGGACAGUAGCUGUGCCCUGGCUCUGUUUAAGUUUCAAGUCAUUAUGCCAAGUAGGCCAGACUCAGGAAGACAAAAACCACAUCUUUCUCUUAUAUGUGGAGGGCUAGAUUUAAAUUUAUAUUCAUGUAUGUAUUUUUAUGUGUAUGUGGUGGGGUCAUGAAACUAGAGAGGAGACCAUGAGAGAAAAGGUAGAAAUAUAAAGGGGGAGGGGAGUUAAUAAAAUAGGUGUGCUGAGUGGGGGAGGGGCCAUCUAGGGAAAAAAACUGGAAGGAGACAAAGGCGCAUGAGAUAAAUGAGAAAGUAUAAUUACACGUUACUGCUGAAAACGCCAUAAUUAAACCCAUGACUUUGUAUGCUGCCCUAAAAACAAUCUUAACAGUGCAACAAUACGCUUACAUAUUCUGCCCUCUUGUGGCCAUUAACAGGAACUUCUUCCAUUGGCGCUCAUACCACUCUGGGGCAGCUCCUGAGCCACAAGCCUCAAGAUUCCCUUUCCUAAGCCCUACUCUAACUCUGAUGCCUCAGGCUCUGCCUCUGUUUCCCUUCCUCAGCUCCAUUAAAACAGAUCCUCUGGGGGUGCUUACUAGCCCAGCCAACUGCUGUCUCUUCAUCUCCGCCAUCAUCCCUGUGGCUCCCCUUCUUUGUCCUUCCCAUUUAUCUUCUGCUAUACUCUCUGCCACCAAACUCAGGGUCGUUUGUGGACUACACGUGUUCUCACAUCCAAUCCCCGAGGCUUCUCUAGUCUAGGAACCUAGGUAGCUCCUUUAAUGCUAUAGUCACUCUCGAUUUCUCUCAAGCAUACGAGGUCAGGUAAAUUCUUAAUCUAAGAACGACAAAAGGGUAGAAGAAAUAAGUGUCAAGUUUCAAAAAAGCAGGGCGGUAUACUUUGGGGUCAUGCCCACUGGGAAGUGAGUUUGGGGCCUCCGAGUUUAUGUUUUUAUAUUUAUUUUUUGUUUAUUUGUUUGUGUUUGCUUUUCAGAAACACUCAUCAUUGUGGGAGCAGUGGUGUUCCUGGUCACUGUCUUUAUCAUCCUGCUGACCAUAUCUCUGUGCAAGCGCAGAAAGAACAGAGCAGGACAGAAAAGGAAGAACACCCCGUCGCGCUUGGCAUAGACGAGGAGGCUGACGCUGCUGACUGUCACACUGCCCACACGGCACUGUUACCGAGACCUCUGCUGGGAACUGUGGAGUUUGCUCCUAGCUCAGAAAGACUCCCUUCAUGGCCUGUCAUUCCAGCUAAUGCUUUGAUUCCAACACUAGCAUCUGUCACUUUAGGACAUACUGAACGGUACAAAUUGAUCAACACUACAGCACCUUUUGCACAAAGCUUAAGAUUGUGUAUUCUACACGCGGGAAGACACUAGGUUGCCCAGGCAAAGCCAGUGGUCAGAUGCCUUUCCUAUAACCUGGGUGGGCUUUUGGAGAACCUUUGAGGAGUGAUGCCAUAGGCUCUAGAACAGGAAAGUGGGAUUUGGGUGGACUUUUCCAACAGUUGUACUUUCGUAAAUCGGUAUUUGGGUUUUGUUUUUCCUUCUACUAGGUACUUUUGGAAGUUCAAAGUAACUGGCAAACUGUCAUAUGUUAAAUGCAGGAUAUUUCUGCUUGGGACAUCCUUGUGAUUUGUACUUUAUUACAACUUAGCACUUUAACUGACAAUGAUGGGGAUUGAACAUUGGACAACCAACUCUAUUUUUAUAAGACUACCAUACAGAAGAACUACAUAUAGUUUUAUGAUCUAAGGUACUUAAAGUGUUUGUGGUUAACAUUGUGUAUAUUUAUAUGAGUUUUAAAGGUUUUGUAUAUGGGAUUUUCUAUUUAUAUAUCUCCUAUUUGUAUAUAUUGAGAUAAUUUAUUUAAUAUACUUUUAUAUAAAUAAAGGUGAUUGGGAAUUGAGGCGA